UACCUACUUGUGAUCUUCAACAUUCGAGGAGUACCAGGAGGAAUUCGUGAAAACCAAGGCUGAAAAUGAAGAAGAAAAUCAUUGAAAUUUCAAAAUCAGUCCAGAACUUCGCGGUUCGAAGAUCAUACGCGACAGACAGAAAUUAUUCAACAGUUAUGAAACUCGAUAUUUUCGAAGAUGACAUAGAAGUUAUCUCUAAAGAAGCAAACGUAGAAGAAAAAGAAUAUAUCAAGCCAUACAGUGACGUUCCAGGUCCACAGCAAUUGCCCAUAAUUGGAAAUGCUUGGAGAUUUGCCCCCUUUAUAGGACAAUAUAAAAUUCAUGAGUUGGAUAAGGUAAUGUGGUCUCUGAAAAAGGAAUAUGGAAACAUAGUUAAAGUUGGUGGUCUUAUCGGUCACCCCGAUCUUCUGUUUGUGUUCAACGGAGAUGACAUCAGGAAAGUUUUCAAGCAAGAAGAAGCUUUACCUCACAGACCUUCUAUGCCGUCGUUACACUAUUACAAGCAAAAUUUAAGGAAAGAUUUUUUUGACGGAAAUGCUGGAGUCAUAGGGGUACAUGGUAAAAAAUGGGAAGAAUUCAGGAAAAAAGUACAACAGAUUUUGUUACCCCCAAAUGCAGCAAAGGUGUACAUUGGUCCAUUGGAUGACAUAGCACGUGAUUUUCUAUCAAGGAUGGAAGAAUCGCUGGACAACAACCAAGAACUUCCUCCGCAAUUUCUAUCAGAAAUAUACAAAUGGGCUUUAGAAUCUGUAGUUCGUGUCUCACUGGAUACUAGACUUGGUUGUUUGGAACCAAACCUACCCAAAGAUUCAGAACAGCAGAAAAUAAUAGAUUCAAUCAAUACAUUUUUCUGGAAUGUUGCAGAAGUUGAACUCAAAAUGCCUGUUUGGAGGAUUUAUCACAAUAAUGCUUUCAAAAAAUAUAUUGGAGCAUUAGAAAAUUUCAGAAUACUUUGCUCCAAAUAUAUUCAGCAAACCAUGGCUAAUAUGGCUCUGAAGGACUUCAAAAACAUGAAAAAAGAAAAUAUAUCCAUUGUGGAAAAAAUUUUACUCCAAACAGGGAAUCCUAAAUUAGCGACAGUACUUGCAAUAGAUCUUCUACUAGUUGGAGUCGACACUACAUCUAUUGCUGUAGCGUCUAUGCUCUACCAGCUAUCCCAGAAUCCAGAUAAACAAGAAAAAUUAUAUCAGGAACUGAAAACAGUUCUACCAACUGCGAACAGCAAAUUUACUGCCGAAACUCAAGAGAAUAUACCAUAUUUGAAAGCCUGCAUCAAGGAAACAUUAAGGAUGUAUCCAGUGAUCAUUGGAAAUGGCAGGAGUCUGCAGUCAGACACAGAAAUUGGAGGUUACCACAUCCCGAAAGGGACACACGUGAUAUUCCCGCAUUUGGUAGUCAGUAAUACAGAGGAAUACUUUUCUGAACCACAACGCUUCGAACCAGAAAGAUGGUUGAAGAAAAAGGAUGAAUCGACAAAAUGUCCAAUCAAACAAGAUAAGAUACAUCCGUUCGUUUCUCUCCCAUUCGGUUAUGGAAGGAGAUCAUGUCUGGGACGUAGAUUUGCUGAGACUGAGUUACAAAUAUUGUUAUCGAAGAUAUUUCGUAAAUAUAGAGUUGACUACAACUACGAAGCACUAACAUACAAGAUCACACCAACCUAUGUACCAGAACAGCCUCUGAAAUUCAAACUGACUGAGCGCAUGUCUUGAUCGCAAUAUUAAUUUUAAUUCUUAAUAAGUAAUUUUAUUUUGUUGUAUUUUGUUUGAAACUUAUUGAUUAUUAUGUAAGACCUUUAUUCGUGGACCAAAUGACUGAAUCUUAAAGACUCAAUAAAAUUAUAAUACAAAAUA